GUUUCACCGCCUCUGUGUUGCUGCAGUAGUGGCUGUGAUGGCAGGGAUGGAAGUGGCUCCUUUCAGGCCGUGGGACGAUUUCUUCCCCGGAGCUGACCGCUUCGCCAAACCAGACGUGCAGGACUUAACCAAAUGGAACAACAGGGUGGUCAGCAAUCUGCUCUACUAUCAGACUAAUUACUUUGCGGUGGCCAUCGUGGUGUUUCUGAUAGUUGGGUUCAUGAACCCUCUGGGCAUGCUCCUUGGUGGAGCAGUGGUCACCUUGGUCUUCAUGGGUUCUGUGUGGGCUGGAGAGAACAAGGCGGUGAUCAAGAACUUCAAGAAGAAGAACCCCUCCCUGUUCGUCAUCGCUGUAAUGGGAGCCAGCUAUUUCCUGCUUUCGCUGUGUGGAGGGGUGAUGGUGUUUAUCUUUGGCAUCACCUUCCCUUUGCUCUUGAUCCUGGUGCACGCCUCGCUGCGGCUGCGCAGCAUGAAGAACAAGUUGGAGAACAAGAUUGAGGGCGUGGGACUGAAGAGGACACCUAUGGGGGUCAUCUUAGAUCUCCUGGACCAGCAGGAGGAGAAAAUAAACAAAAUCCAGGAUUUCAUUGAGAGCAAGCUUAAGGACUGAGCAUGGUGACCAUCAGCGUGUAACAACACAAUGAUAAAUCUUAACUGGGAGUCACAUUCACUCUUACGUACCUAAACCCCUCCUAAUUCUAAUGCAUAUCUCAUGUGUGAAGCGCUUCUGUGAAAAAGGAAAGAUCUUCCAAAGUGUACAUGGUUACUGCUAGUGAUUCUCCCAGUUUAGACCACCUAAGAUUUAUGUAUGCUAUACUGUAAAAACUCUUGGAAAUAAUGUUUUUUUGUUCUUGCUACCCUAAAAAGGCUGUUAGCUUAUAUGUGGCAAUCAGUAUCCUAUUUUAGCAUGUUGGGCUUCCCUGCGUAAGCAUGUUUCCAAUGGCGUAUGCUUCCCUGAUAUAUGCACCUUUGAUAUAACUCUUUUUUUGCACUUAGAUGUAGGUUUUUCUUCGAAUGUAAAUGGAUAUAACAAUGUUACAACAAUAUUACAACAAACAAUCAAGAACUGAAGAAGUUUUAAUAUAAGAUGAGCGUAGAGUUUUGUAUCUUUGUCAGGUUAAAUAUGAAGGAAAGCACAUUAGAAUACUACAUGUUUUCUGGUAUUACAAAAGAUUAAUGUAUUUUAAAGGUCAUAGUUAAUGUUACUUGUUCUGCUUUGUUACUGUGGCACUCGUUAGGUUCAUCAUAAUGACGCUGCACAUUUUACAGUGCAUAUAGAUCGCAUUGAUGGUGACAUCAUAAAAGUUACUGAACGAGAGUAGAAAUUUGUCUAAGACUGAGACAUGAUCAUUGUUUUACUUUGAAGACGGCAAAAGUGCUACCUCAAAUAGUCAAUUCCUACAUAGAAGUAGGACUCAAGUCAAACCCAUGCUACUUUUGCAUA